GGAUGAAGGGUGACAGCAGAAAUACCGUGUUUGAAGGGAAACAGACAGCCGUCCUGCGGGUGGAUGUCAGCGUGUGUUCGGUGUCGCCCAGGGCCGUGUAGCGGGCCAGGCAGGGCCGUGUAGCGGGCCAGGCAGCGCCGGCUGGCGGGGCGGGCAGAGCCGCUCCGGGGUUCAGACUCUGGCAGCCUCCAUAGAUCCAGUCAGAUUGGCCUGUCAUUCCCUCCAACCCAACGAAGAUGGCUCCCACUCUGGCCACAGCGUUCUCCCGUCGCUGGUGGAUGGCUGUCACAGCAGUCAUUGAAAAUCUGCUUUUCUCUGCUGUGCUGCUUGGCUGGUCGUCUCUGCUGAUCAUGCUUAAAUCUGAGGGCUUCUACUCUUUCCUGUGCAAAACACCAGGGAACAGUUCCAGUCUCAACAUCUCCAAUGCGUCCAUCUCUGGGGAUGAAAGCAAAGAGGAGUACCUACUGAUCAACAACUGGCCCAUCUGCAAGGACCAGGAUGAGAUGCUUAACCUGGCGUUCACUGUGGGCUCCUUUCUGCUGUCAGCCAUAACUCUGCCCUUGGGUAUUGUCAUGGAUAAAUACGGGCCACGAAAGUUACGGCUUCUAGGAAGUGCCUGCUUUGCUCUCUCCUGCCUUCUCAUCGCAUAUGGUGCCAGAGAUCCUUAUAAUCUGUCUAUGCUGAUCUUCUUCGCACUGGCGUUAAAUGGGUUUGGAGGCAUGUGCAUGACCUUCACCUCUCUGACCCUGCCCAACAUGUUUGGUGACCUGAGGUCAACCUUCAUUGCUCUGAUGAUUGGAUCCUAUGCUUCCUCUGCUGUCACUUUCCCUGGCAUCAAGGUGGUUUAUGAUCUGGGAGCUACCUUCAUCUCCAUUCUGCUGGUUUGGGCCAGCUGUGCCUGCCUUGUCUUCCUAAACUGUUUUGUCAACUGGCCUCUUGAGCCUUUUCCAGGCCCAGAAGAUAUGGACUUCACAGUGAAGAUCAAGUUCAGCUGGCUGGGUUUUGACCACAAGAUCACAGGAAAGCAGUUCUACCGGCAGGUCACCACAGUGGGCCGUCGUCUCAGCGUAGGCCACUCAAUAAAGCAGUCACACCAGCCACCCAAAGAUCUGGCUGCACAGGACGCCAGCAAGCUGUGCCUGUCCACCGUUGAUCUGGAGGUUAAGUGCAAAGGCGAGGACAAGACUCAGUCUUUCAUGAAGAGUAUCAUCAGUCCCAUCUUCUUGCUGAGUCUAAUCACCAUGUGUGUGACUCAGCUGCGGCUCAUCUUUUACAUGGGAGCGAUGAACACCAUCCUGGAGUCACUCACAGAUGGAGACCUGAACACAGUGGAAAGGAUGCAAGUGGUGAGUAUCUACACCUCCAUCUUCGGUGUGCUCCAGCUUCUGUGUCUGGUCACCUCUCCUGUGAUUGGCUAUGUCAUGGAUUGGAGACUCAAAGAUUGUGAAGAUGAGAAUGAUAAAAGCAUUAAAAGGGAGCCUGGUCAGCCCCGUCGCCCUGACAAACAAAUCCAGAAGAUUGUAAAUGCAACAAGAGCCUUCAUCUUUACCAAUCUUCUCCUAGUUGGCUUUGGAGGGACCUGCCUCAUCCCCAACCUGCCACUUCAAAUCCUGUCUUUUAUCCUCCACACCAUUGUGAGAGGUUUCAUCCACUCUGCUGUCGGAGGCCUGUACGCAGCUGUGUACCCGUCCUCUCAGUUUGGCAGUUUGACAGGCAUGCAGUCUCUGAUCAGCGCGCUGUUCGCCCUGCUCCAGCAGCCUCUCUUCAUGGCCAUGGUGGGGCCGCUGGAAGGAGACCCACUAUGGGUGAAUGUGGGGCUGUUGGUGCUCAGCAUGCUGGGAUUCUGCUUGCCCUGCUACCUUCUGUGCCACAGUCGCCACCUUCAACGCCUCAGAGAUGAGGACGAGGAUCCCAAGAUCUAUGUCAAGAUAAACAACAGCAGCACGCUUGAGGCCGGUGUAUAAACCAAAAACAAGUGUUUUUGGUUUACACGUGACAAGCUACACUAAAGAAAUGAGGAGUGUGGCAGAGCACGUUAGCCUGUGUGACUCGUGUGGUAACAUUGAUUCACUCAAAGACUGCAGCAUCUGCAUCUAAGACUGACACAUCUCAUAUAUUCAUAUAUGUGUAAACACUGUGAUAUCCAGUUCAACCCACUCUGAUGCUUUGUGGAAAAAGCUGACAAACACACACACACACACACACACACACACACACACACACACACACACACACACACACACACACACACAUAUAUAAGCCACACAUGAACUCACCCCUUGACUGCACCUUGAAACUUGGAUGAAACUGGCCAGAGGGAGAAAAAAUAAGUUAUGGUGGACUCUGCACAGUUCCAUAAAUGACUCAUCUUCUUCACAUUUCACUAUAUAUUUCAUCACAUAUAUUUUUCACUUGUCAUGUUUAUGCAGAAAAAGUGCAUGCGCAAAUACACACACACACACACACACACACACACACACACACACACACACACACACACCCUUGGUCCUGUCAUUUCUGAGCGUGCUGCACCAGCAGCAGCUCAGACUUAAACCCAACAGCACACACACAUUGAUAAGUUACUCGGAAAAGCCCUUCAGUGUGUUUUAAAUAAUGCAGUGUGAUAGAGGAGAUAUUGGUGUUGGACAACACUGCAUGAUAUAAACCAAAACCAACCAAACUAGAGUACUAGCUUUUCCAUUUACUUUUAGUAUAAUGCCAGCUGUAUUGUUAAAUUAUAAUCUGAUAAUAUGAUGGAGAAAAUGUGUUUAGAAUGGGAGAACAGGUAAAAGUGGUGUCAUUACACACAUGAAAUGGGAUGUUUUAUUUAUUUCAGCAAUAAUAGGUUCUGUGAAGCACUGGACAUAUUCACAGGUGUGUGUUUUAUAGGGUUGGAUUGUAUUCCUAAAUGAUCUAAGGUGCUUGCUGAAUCACAGAAAUAUGUGGUUUACAUUUUGAUUUAAGGGGCAGCUGUGGUUGUGUCACUUCAAACCAGCAAAUUUCCAUCAAUAAUUCUCUUUUUUUUUGUUACCAAGUUAAUUCCAAAGAAUCAGUAUAAUUUCAUGGUAGAUCUGUUCUUGUGUCUUGUCACUUUUAUGGUGAAUCAAAGCAGAUUCACAGCAGCAACUUGGGGAAACAUUGAAUACACUUCUUACAGACAACAAAGGAGAAGGAGAAUGAUACAGAUGAUUGAACCAGAUCUUGAUAAAAAAGCUUCCAGAGAUGGUCACUGCCCCCCAUAGAGAUUCAUUAGGCGAUAUAAGGAGUGGAUCAAGACAGUCCAUAUCUCUCCCUCUCAUCCACCCAUCUGUCCCCACACGUCUUGACAAGGGUGGGGCUGGGUUCUUUUAAUCUCAAUCGCUGUUUAAAAAAAAACAAAAGCAAGUACCAUCCGUUGUUUAUGUGUUUCUUCUCUUUAUUCUUCAGCUGCAUUCUUCUCUUUGUCUCGAGUUAUGCUGCUGACCGUUUGCCAAGAACAAAACAUUUGCAUUACCACCACCUGGUGGUUGGCUGUGCUUUUUUCUUCAGUCAAAAGGUUCUUGUACGGCUAGACACGCCGGCUGAAGGGGCCCGGGAGACGGCCAGCCCUUUAGAUGUUCCUGUGUGCUAAUCUCCAUGAACCCCAGCUAGUGGAAGUUCUCCUCUACCUUCCUGAGAGCUGAGAGCUGAGAGACAAGCCCCUGCUGCGCUCAGACCAUCCCAGUGACCCCCCAGUCUGUCCUCCAGCAGGAGGGCCCCCCUUAUGAGCUGGUCCAGGUCCUGGUCCUGGUCCUGGUCUAGGUUUCUUCCUCCUAAAGGGGAGUUUUUCUUGCCACUGUUUGGCUUAAGGUUUUUCCCCCACUAGGGAGUUUUUACCUGCCAUUGUUUAUGUAAUGAUUGCUCGGGGGUUUAUGUCCUGGGUCUCUGGAAAGCGCCUAGAGACAACUUUGUUGUUGUUUGUUGUAUUUGACGCUAUAUAAAUAAAAUAGAAUUGAAUGUGUUCAGUGAGAGAUGAAUGGCACAUGAUGCACUUUACACCUCAGUUGUUUAUUUGAGAACAGCCAGCCCCCUCAGUGUUAUAUACACAGUUUCUUGGCGUCCUGCUCAUAAUACAAACAGCAUAGACUCUCAGUUUAGGAUGUAAUUUAAUUCAGAACAUAGGAAUGAAAAAAAUAUAUAUAUUUUUUUUUAUACAUACAGUAGGCUAUAAAAAAAUGUUGCUUCCCAUGCUUUCAUGUGGCCUUUAUGUGCACAGAUAGUGGGGCGGAGUCUUGUCUCUCAGUUCAAGAAGCUUUAUAAGACAUCAUUUGCAACAGAAUCAUAAGUACAUUCAAACGUUUGUUAAAAAAAAGUAAAAAAACAAACAUUUAAAAUGAAUAAAUUGUUGAAUUACAAAUAUGAAGAAACCUUUGGGGAAAAAAAAGUUUCACUUGUAAUUAAAACGUUUUAGUACAGUUUUUUUUCAUUCCCAUGUUGUUAGUUUGAAUGCAAACAUUGCAAAUAAGCUUAAAGUAAUACAUCUCAAUAAAUGUCCUGAGCUAAGUCCAGGAGUCAAAUCUAGGCUUUUCUAUGAUAAACCUACAGAGACAGCACACAGAAAAUCAUUGCACUCGGCAAAAAUGCACCAUAGUGUGUUUUUUAGAAAUUAAUGAAUUAAAAUGUAAUUGCUGUGCAUCAAUAAUCGCUUACAAAUAGUUUUGGAUUCACAGUUGUCAUUUAUAUUUAUUGAGGAACCAAUUUUUCUGCAUGGAGUGUCUUACGGGAUGCUUUUGUGUCCUUCAAUUCAAAUCAGUUGGUCUUGGUGAUAACAGACAGGCAUUGCCAGAAGCAGCUAAAAGUUGAUUUUGUUCUUCUUACUGUUACUAUUUAAUUAUUGUUUUGCUUGGUCACUCAUCCUAAAGUCAUUUUCAGUAGCAGUGUAUCCAUAUUAUUUAAUGGACAGAUGUUUUACAUUUAAUACUGAGUCUGGGUUGAAUGAGUAAUCAGUCAGCACUUUCUUUCACUGGAGUAAAUGAAAUGACUCCUACUUCCCUCCCUCCCUAACCUCUACCAGGACAGCUACGCUAGUGGAGUGUGCUUUAGUAAUUGCAAUAUCAGUCAACUGCUUGUUUCCGGAUAUUGUUAUUCUUAUGUUACUGUUGGCUUGCAGUUUUUGUUUGUUAUGCAACAACAGGAAGGGGGUUUAAGCUGAAGUGUGGACACUUGGUUUCUUUCACUUGGCUUUACAUUUUUUAUCAUUAUUAUUAAUUAUUAUUAUUAUUAUUAUUUUAUUAUUUUCAACAUACAGUGCUCUACUUUAGGUUUGAUGUUGUUUAUUGAGUUUUAAAAAAGUUGAUUUUAACAAAAAUGUGCAUUUCCAUGGUCUUAUAUAAUUGUGUUUCUUUUAUCUGUAAUCCAGUUUAGCUAUUGUUUUUUUUAAGAUAGAAAAGAAAGAAUGAAAAAAGACAUCAAUACCUGAAAUGAAAUAAACACCUUUCUAUAA